GUGGGCUAUGAGAAAAUUAGGUGUGGAUGAGUGGCUAGUUACGAUGGUUCAGUCUAUGUACAGCAAUGCUAGAAGUCGUGUCAGGAUUAACGAUUCACUUAGUGAUGAAUUUAGUGUAAAUGUUGGUGUACAUCAGGGUUCUGUACUUAGUCCUUUGUUGUUUAUUCUAGUCUUAGAAGCGCUGUCGAUGGAGUUCAGAACAGGUUGUCCAUGGGAGUUAUUGUAUGCAGAUGAUUUGGUUCUCAUAGCAGAGUCGAUGGAAGAAUUAGUUGAAAAGUUUGAGAAGUGGAAGAAAGGACUAGAAGAGAAAGGGCUGAAGGUAAACACAGCAAAGUCUAAAGUCAUGAUAAGUAGCAUUGCAGCCAAGUGUGACCUUGUAGUUGGAAAGUGGCCUUGUGGAGUUUGCAGGAAAGAGGUUGGUAGUAACUCAAUUUUUUGUCAGACUUGCAAGCAUUGGGUACAUAAGAAGUGCAGUAGUAUUAGUGGAAGGUUAAGAGCUGACAUACAGUUUGUAUGCAAGCGUUGCAAAGGUGAGAUUAUAGAGAAUGAAGUAUUUCCAGCUUUAAUGAUUUACAACAGUGGCUCGUUAGAGAUAGUUGAGAACUUCUGUUACUUAGGUGAUAUGUUGGGCAGUGAAGGGGGUAUUGGUAGAAGUGUUACUUGCAGGAUAGGUUCUGCUUGGAAAAAGUUCAGAGAGUUACUUCCUUUGUUGACUAGCAGAGUCCUGUCAAUUGAGGUAAAAGGUAGGUUGUAUGAGGCCUGUGUAAGAAGUGUUAUGUUGUACGGUAGUGAGACAUGGGCAGUGAAGCAGGAAGAUCUUGACCGUUUAGAAAGGAAUGAUAUGAGAAUGGUUACGUGGAUGUGUAACGCCAGUCUGAGAGACAGAAAGAGUUCAGAUGAUCUAAGAAGCAGGCUAAGUCUCCGUAGAAUUAAAGAUGUUAUCCAGAUAAGAAGAUUGAACUGGCUGGGGCACUUGGAAAGAAUGGAGGAGAAUAAUUGGGUAAGAAAGUGUAGAGACUUGAUAGUUCCUGGGGCAAAGCCCAGAGGCAGACCAAGAAAGACUUGGCAGGAGGUUAUAAGGACAGACUUAAUACAGAGGAAGUUGAGUUUAGAUCUAACACAGUCUAGAUCAGAUUGGACGGGGUAUAUUAAUGACCCUCUUCCAAUCUGAUCUAGACUGUGUUAGAUCUAAACUCAACUUCCUCUCUAUCAAGUCUGUCCUUAAAACCUCCUGCCAAGUCUUUCUCGGUCUGCCUCUGGGCUUUGCCCCAAGAACUAUCAAGUCUCUACACUUUCUUACCCAAUUAUCCUCCUCCAUUCUUUCCAAGUGCCCCAGCCAAUUCAAUCUUCUUAUCUGGAUAACAUUCUUAAUUCUACAGAGACUUAGCCUGCUUCUUAGCUCAUCUGAACUCUUUCUGUCUCUCAGACUGGCAUUACACAUCCACCUAACCAUUCUCAUAUCAUUCCUUUCUAAACGGUCAAGAUCUUCCUGCUUCACUGCCCAUGUCUCACUACCGUACAACAUAACACUUCUUACACAGGCCUCA